CGACAUAUCCCGACGGUGACGCUGCCUGGCUGCAAGUGUUUGUGAUUUCUUUGAGCUGGUUAGCUGCAAGUCAACGUUAAUGCGGGUGCAAAAACCAGGAAACCUGACCGGCAUCAUACCGUCGACGCUGAUGCUGCUGCAGAGCUGGCUAAGGAGUGAACGUUAUGCGGGGCCCUGAGGAGCGGGGGGCGGGGCACCAGGCCGGGGCCCCGCGGCUGUGAGGCUUCGCGGCUUCGCGGGAAAUGCGCUGGGCUCAGGCCCUCUAAUCCGGCCCCGGGGCAGCUGACUGAUCCGGAGCCAGGCGGCAGGCUCGGCGGGGAGAGCGAGCGAGCGAGAGAAAGAGGGGGCGGGCGAGGGAGCGAGCGAGCAAGGGCAGAGAGGCGGGGCCUGUGGAAGUGGGCGGGGAGCUCAAGGAGUAGCGGGAGAGAGGCCUGGCCCUAGCGCCCCACCCCCGCCGUGACCGCCAGGCCCCCGGGCCGCGCAGACAUGUCCGCCGGGGGGGAGCCCGACGCCGACCACCCCCGCUUCUUCGUCGGGUGCGAUGACGGCGAGAGCGACGAGUUGCUGGACCCGGGGAGGAUCAUGGGAUACGACUGCCGCUACGAGAACGUGGAGGAGGAGGAGGAGGAAGAUGAUGACGACGACGACGACGAAGAAUACGACUCCCCCCCAGAGCGGCAGAUCGUGGUGGGCAUCUGCGCCAUGUCCAAGAAGUCCCAGUCCAAGCCGAUGAAGGAGAUCCUGGAGAGGCUGUGCCUGUUCAAGUACAUCACGGUGGUGCUGUUCGAGGAGGACGUCGUCCUCAACGAGCCCGUGGAGAACUGGCCCCUCUGCGACUGCCUCAUCUCCUUCCACUCCAAAGGGUUUCCUCUGGACAAAGCGGUGGCCUAUGAGAAGCUGAGGGGCCCCUUCGUCAUUAACGACCUGGACCUGCAGUACUGCAUCCAGGACAGGAGGGAGGUGUACCGUACCCUGAAGGCGGCGGGGAUCCAGUUACCGCGAUACGCUGUUCUGAACCGCGACCCGGCUCGGCCCGAAGAGUGUAACCUGGUGGAGGGGGAGGACCACGUGGAGGUGAACGGCGAGGCGUUCCAGAAGCCUUUCGUGGAGAAGCCGGUCAGCGCAGAGGACCACAACGUCUACAUCUACUACCCCACCUCCGCCGGGGGGGGCAGCCAGAGGCUGUUCCGCAAGAUCGGGAGCAGAAGCAGCGUCUACUCUCCGGAGAGCAACGUUCGCAAAACGGGCUCCUACAUUUACGAGGAGUUCAUGCCCACGGACGGGACGGACGUAAAGGUGUACACGGUGGGCCCGGACUACGCCCACGCGGAGGCGCGCAAGUCCCCCGCCCUGGACGGGAAGGUGGAGCGGGACAGCGAGGGGAAAGAGGUGCGGUACCCCGUCAUCCUCAACGCCAGGGAGAAGCUCAUCGCCUGGAAAGUCUGCCUGGCCUUUAAGCAAACGGUUUGUGGGUUCGACCUGCUGCGAGCCAACGGACAGUCCUACGUCUGCGACGUGAACGGCUUCAGCUUCGUGAAGAACUCCAUGAAGUACUACGAUGACUGCGCGAAGAUCCUGGGGAACAUCAUAAUGCGCGAGCUGGCUCCCCAGUUCCAGAUCCCCUGGUCCAUCCCGCUGGAGGCUGAGGACAUCCCCAUCGUCCCCACCACCUCCGGCACCAUGAUGGAACUGCGGUGUGUGAUCGCCGUGAUUCGCCAUGGCGACCGAACCCCCAAACAGAAGAUGAAAAUGGAAGUUCGACAUCAGAGGUUUUUUGAUCUGUUUGAAAAGUGUGAUGGGUACAAAAGUCGAAAACUAAAACUGAAAAAGCCAAAGCAACUGCAGGAAGUCCUGGACAUUGCGAGACAACUUCUGGCAGAACUUGGACAGAACAAUGACUCGGAAAUAGAGGAAAGCAAAGCAAAACUGGAACAACUCAAAACCGUUCUGGAAAUGUAUGGGCAUUUUUCCGGCAUUAAUCGCAAGGUUCAGUUGACUUACCUUCCGCACGGUUGCCCAAAAACAUCAAGCGAGGAAGAAGACGUGCGGCGGGACGACCCCUCCCUCUUGCUGGUGCUGAAGUGGGGGGGGGAGCUGACCCCCGCCGGGCGGGUACAGGCGGAAGAGCUGGGCCGGGCGUUCAGGUGUAUGUACCCCGGGGGCCAAGGUGACUACGCAGGGUUCCCCGGCUGCGGCUUGCUGCGACUGCACAGCACCUACCGGCACGACCUGAAGAUCUACGCGUCCGACGAGGGGAGAGUGCAGAUGACGGCCGCGGCCUUUGCCAAGGGCCUGCUGGCGCUGGAGGGCGAGCUGACGCCCAUCCUGGUGCAGAUGGUGAAGAGCGCCAACAUGAACGGGCUGCUGGACAGCGACAGCGACUCGCUCAGCAGCUGCCAGCAGCGCGUCAAGGCCCGCCUCCACGAGAUCCUGCAGCGUGACCGCGACUUCACCGCCGACGACUACGAGAAGCUCGCUCCCACCACCAGCACGUCGCUGGUGAAGUCCAUGCAGAUGAUCAAGAACCCGGUGAAGACGUGCGACAAGGUGUACUCCCUGAUCCAGAACCUGACCCAGCAGAUCCGCCAGAGGAUGGAGGACCCCAAGUCCGCGGAUAUCCAGCUGUACCACAGCGAGACGCUGGAGCUGAUGCUUCGGCGCUGGUCCAAGCUGGAGAAGGACUUCAAGAUGAAGAACGGGCGCUACAACAUCAGCAAGAUCCCCGACAUCUACGACUGCAUCAAGUACGACGUGCAGCACAACGGCUCGCUGAAGCUGGACCACACCAUGGAGAUCUACCGGCUGUCCAAAGCGCUGGCAGACAUCGUCAUCCCGCAGGAGUAUGGCAUCUCCCAGCCGGAGAAGCUGGACAUCGCCAAGGGCUACUGUACACCGCUGAUCCGGAAGAUCCGCUCGGACCUGCAGAGGACGCAGGACGACGACACCGUGAACAAGCUUCACCCCGUGUAUUCCAGCGGCGUCAUGUCACCGGAGAGACACGUGCGGACCAGGCUGUACUUCACCAGCGAGAGUCACGUCCACUCCCUGCUCUCCAUCCUACGCUACGGGUCCCUGUGUGAUGAGACCAAGGAUGACCAGUGGAAGAGGGCUAUGGACUAUCUGAAGGUGGUCAGCGAGCUGAACUACAUGACCCAGAUCGUCAUCAUGCUGUACGAGGACCCGAAUAAGGACCCCUCGUCGGAGGAGCGCUUCCACGUGGAGCUGCACUUCAGCCCCGGGGCCAAAGGGUGCGAGGACGACCGGAACCUGCCCUCUGGGUUCGGCUACCGGCCCGCGUCCCGCGAGAACGAAGGCUCAAAGAAAAAGUCCCAGAACGACAGCGAUGAGGAGUCGGCGAAGCGGGACGAGCCGGACCGGGCCCUCAUGAUGUUCAGGCCUCUGGUUUCCGACCCCAUCUACAUCCACAGGAAGUCGCCUCUGCCUCGAUCUAAAAAGAUCGGUUCUGUGGAGGAAGAAAGCCCCCUGAGUGUGUCUAGCCCUGACUCUAUUGGUACCUGGAUUCAUUACACCUGUGGUGUUGGUACUGGGCGUCGAAGACGCAGAUCAGGGGACCAAAUAACUUCCUCCCCCGUCUCCCCCAAAUCACUGGCUUUCACUUCCAGUAUUUUUGGCUCAUGGCAACAGGUUUUGUCGGAGAACAACAGCCACGCUCGCGCUGGCAGGCUCAUCUCAGAACACAAGCUCACCACAGGAAUCGAGACCACCCGUGGUUCUGCUGUAAAAAGAUUUUCUAUCUCAUUUGCUCGACACCCAACCAAUGUGUUUUCCAGUUUGUUCUGUGGUAAGUGUUGAUUAUGUUUAAUUUACCCAUUUCUUUCCUGAAUGUUUGUUUGGUCUUUUCCUUUUGUGUAGUUUCCUGAUUUGCGUUCCCUAGAAGUGCCCAGCUUCCUCCAUCUCUUAGCUGUCUGACCCCUUCUCUCCUUCAACCCGUCUCACCUCCUUUUGUCUUUGUUGCGCCACUUGAACCUUCAGACCUUUGGCAGCAGUGUAGUGUAAUGGGUAAGGAGCUGGUCUAGUAACCUAAAGGUCACAGGUUCGAUUCCCAGGUGGGACACUGCCCUUGUUCCCUUGAGAAAGGUACUUAACCUGCAUUGCUUUGGUAUAUAUCCAGCUGUAUAAAUGGAUGUCAUUUCAAUGCUGUGUAAAAAGUUGUGUAAGUCGCCUGGAUAACAUAAACGCCUGUAAUGUAGCCCGGAAGGCUGGGAAAGUGUUGCUCUCUCUUGUUUUAGAAGGUACCGACCAAAAAUCCUCUUGGCUAAAAUAGUUAGAAUUUCCUACCUUGAGGGUUUAAAAAAAAACUUUACUUCAUGGGGUUGUCAUAGCUUUAGAUUUUAAUCCAGACAGUUCAUUAUUCAGGGUCAGCUGACAUGCUCCCUGGUCUAUUUGAACAUAUCAAGAUAGGAUGUUCAGCGAUAAUGGAUGGAGAAAAUGGACGUCCGAAUGUGGAGUCCUUUUGCGGAUCUGUUCUUUGCCAGCGAAUUAGUGUCCAGUUACUUGAAGGCAAAAUGGUCGUGUAUGUAGAACUCCCAACACAGAAUUUAAAAAGUGGAGAAUACCGCACAGAAUCAUUAUAAUUGUUAAAUAGUUGUUGGGUAAAUAAUAGGUUUGUACGUUUUAAUGCAUUUUCUUUUCUUUUACCUGAUUUUUUUACAUGCUUCAGGUCAGUAUGUUUUCUUUUUGUUUGUUUUUUUUGCCCUCAAGCUCAAAGGACAUUUUUCUCACUCUAUUCCUUUGUCUUGCUGCUAAUGUUGAUUUAAAAAGAUGCUCUUUUUUAAAAUCGUGGUGGUAUUGACCCUUUUUGUCUACCAUGCUUCCUUUGCAAGCAUUGCAGUCAUGUACACAUUUGGCUGCGGUUUGUAGUUUUAAUUAGAAAACGGUUAAUGCAGUUAUGAAGUUGGAUGAAAUUACUUGUUUCAUUAGUGUGAAUGAAAAUAAUUAUGUAAAUACCCUGUAAUUCAUGCAUAUAAAUUCUGGUUAUAAUAUAUUUGAAUGAUAUAAUUUUUAAAGUAAUAUGAUUAGUUUACCCUUGUGCUCGCAUUGUAAAAGAAUACAUCCUAGAAUGCAUUAACUAUAUUUGUUAAGUUACAUUUGGAAUAUAAUUCAAGGCUGUUGUAUUUUAAAGAGCCAGGAAAAUUCUGUUAAUGUCUAAAAUUUAGUUAAUUACAAAAAAACUGUCGGGGCCAAUUGAAAA